CCGUUUUCCGGCUGGGAGGGAGGACAAGGCACCGGGGGAUCUUUUACGGCGACGCGCUGCUGAAACCGCUCUAUGCGGGUCAGCGGGCGCUCCGUGCGGUUAAUGCUUCCCCCCGAGAGCCGCCGCGCCGGAACGUUGUGCGGAGGCGCCGGGAUGGCGGGUGAUAUUGAGUAGAUUCAGUAAUUCCACUGGCUGCUGAAGAACGGAAUCCAGUUCGCUGUUGAACGCUAUACCUGUGUUUAAUUGCCACAGGCAUCUUUUGUGUAACCCGCCAGAAUAAUGGAUGUUCUUCCCGUUUGUUACUUCUUUACCGAACAGUACAUGAUGAAAGCCCUGAAGCUUAGGCCUGUUAUGUUAAGAGGAAUGGAACGUGAUCUGCAGUUGGCUGAAGACUUACGUGUUCUAGCCAGUCCAAAACAUCACCUAUCAUUAGGCACCAUUGCAUUUGCACAUUAAUCAGCACUGAGCACCAUGGAAGUGGGCAUGCGUAUUGUACGUGGCGUGGAUUGGAUAUGGGGAAACCAGGACGAUGGCGAAGGUCACGUUGGUACUGUGGUAGAGAUUGGCCGCCCAGGCAGCACCAUAACACCAGAUAAGACAGUGGUGGUUCAGUGGGACUGUGGAACUAGAACAAAUUACCGCACUGGUUACCAAGGAGCGUAUGACUUGCUUCUGUAUGACAACGCACAGAUUGGUGUGCGCCACCCGAACAUCAUCUGCGACUUUUGCAAGAAACAUGGCAUCAUGGGAAUGCGGUGGAAAUGUAAGGUGUGCUUUGACUAUGAUCUGUGCACCCAGUGUUAUAUGGUGAACAAACACGAUCUUACACACCCAUUUGAGCGUCACGAAACUGCGCACUCUCAACCUGUUCCUGUUAGUCCACGACAGAAUCUGCCAAGGAUUGUCCUAAAGGGGAUUUUCCAGGGUAGUAAGGUUGUUCGAGGGACGGAUUGGGACUGGGGAAACCAAGAUGGCGGGGAAGGCAAAAUUGGCAAGGUGAUGGAUAUUCGUGGCUGGGACACGGAGUCAGGCCGGAGUGUUUCAAGAGUCACCUGGUCAAAUGGGACAACCAACGUCUACCGAAUGGGUCACAAGGGAAAGGUGGACUUAAUGUACGUCACAGAUGCUGCCGGCGGUUACUACUACAAAGAGCAUUUGCCAAAGCUGGGUGAGCAUGUUGAACUGCCUCGACAAGAGAGUGCGGGUGGCCAUGCCUUCCAGCACAAUGACAGGGUGAAAUGUCUUCUGGAGGUGGACAUUCUGCGGCAGAUGCAAGAGGGUCAUGGAGGAUGGAACCCUAAAAUGGCUGAGUACAUUGGCCGAGUGGGCACCGUGCAUAGAAUAACCGACCGAGGAGAUGUGAGAGUACAAUACAGCAAUAAUAUUCGCUGGACCUUUCAUCCAGGAGCACUUACAAAGGUGGACACAUUCUCGGUCGGUGAUAUUGUUCGGGUGAUGGAUGAAAUGGAAGCAGUGAAAAGACUUCAGACAGGCCACGGAGAGUGGACAGAUAGCAUGACUCCAGCGCUGGGGCAGAUUGGGAAGGUGCUAAAAGUUUAUGCUGAUGGAGAUCUGCGUGUGGGUGUUGGAGGCCAAACAUGGACCUUUAACCCUGCUUGUGUAACCUCGGUACAGCCUGGAGACGUGGACGCCAACCUCAUGACCACAGACAGCAGCAACGAUUCAGCAAGCACAGUCAUCUCUAUCCUAGAAAAACUACUGUCGCAGUCAACCGAGCAGGAUAAUCCUGGGCGGAUUGUAAUUGAAGCAGCUCAUGGGAAUACCGCAAAAGUUCGCGAUUUAUUGCAGAAGUAUCCGGAAAAGGUUGACAUUAAGAAUCAGGGCAAGACUGCCCUGCAGGUGGCUGCUCACCAGGGACACCUCGAGGUAGUGAAUAUCCUCCUCCAGUCCAACGCAAAGCUUGAGGUUCACGAUGAAGAUGGCGACACAGCACUACAUUAUGCAUCAUUUGGAAACCAGCCUGAGGUGGCCCGGCUACUGCUCAGCAAAGGGGCGAAUGUCAACCUGCUAAAUGGCUCAACGUGUUCCUCUCUGCACAUUGCUGUAAACAAGGGCUUCACGGACGUGGUACGUGCGCUGUGUGAAUAUAAUUGCAACGUUAAUCUACAGGAUUCAUAUGGAGACACUCCUUUGCAUGACGGAAUUGCUAAAGAUUAUAGAGACAUCGUUACCAUCCUGACUGAGGUGCCCAACAUCGACUUCACACAUCAGAAUAACCGUGGUUUCAACUUACUGCACCAUGCAGCCUUAAAAGGCAAUAAAUUAGCCACCGAGCAGAUUCUGGCCCGAGCCCGACAGCUGGUGGACGUCAAGAAAGAGGAUGGUUUUGCAGCUCUUCAUCUCGCUGCCCUUAACAACCACAAAGACGUCGCAGAAGUGCUGAUUAAAGAGGGGCGAUGUGAGAUUAAUAUUCGGAACAACCGGAACCAGACACCUUUGCAACUGUCGGUUACGCAGGGUCACACUGGUAUCAUACAGCUUCUGGUUGCUGAAGGCUGCAACGUAAACGCAGAGGAUGAAGAUGGAGACACUGCCUUGCAUGUGGCACUGGGUCGUCAGCAGCUGGCAAAUCGCUUGGCUGCCAGGGAGAGCGACACCAGCUCCUUGUUAGCAAACUUACAAGCCUCUGGGUUACUGGGAUCUACUGACCUGACUGUGGGCACUGCCAUUGCUUGUUUCCUCGCCCAGGAAGGAGCAGAUACUAACUACACAAACCACAAGGGCAAGACACCUCUAGAUCUGAUCACAGAUAGCAGGACUAUACAGAUAAUCAAAAGUUUUGCAGAAAAAUUCAGGGGAUCACCAACUGGAUCAACAGCUCUACGUCGAGUCCACACGACUCCAAACACCAUGACGAAUCUAUUACUACCGGUGACUGCUGAGCCUGCCGAGUGCUUUGUGUGUUCAGAGUUAUCGUUCCUGGUCCUCUUUGUUCCCUGCCAACACUCUGUCGUGUGUGAAGAGUGUUCUGUAAGAAUGAAGAAAUGUAUCAAAUGCCAAGUGUCUAUAGCAAAGAAAAUCAGACAUGAUAACACCGAGGUUGAAAGUGGCUCUACCGGUGAACCGCCGGACCAGAGGAAGUUAUUGGAACAGCUUCAGUCCCGAUACAGGCAGAUGGAGGAACGGAUAAUAUGCCCAAUCUGUAUUGAUAAUCAGAUUAAACUGGUGUUCCAGUGUGGCCAUGGGUCCUGCCUGGAGUGCAGCGUUGCCCUGAAAGCAUGUCCAAUCUGCCGUCAGAACAUUCGAGAGCGGAUACAUAUCUUUGUUUGAUACAUGACAGGACGACUUUUUUAUUGAUUCUGUUUUUCUCCACACACCCUCUGUACUGGAUCUUUCCUGUGAUGCCGUGUUUGUGUUUAUUAUCAAUCUUCAGUUAUAACUCUUCUCGGUAUUCGUAGAAUACGCGUGUGUGAGGUUAGUAUUGGCUGCUCCUCAGUGUCCCCAAUAGCUUGAUUGUCCGCUGUGUGUCUUCAGUGGGUGAGCUGAUACCAAGGAGAGCAGCGGAACUGUACAUAACACGAAGCAGGUUUAUUAAUCUGAUAAUGUCCUUCUAAAUAGUUGUAGAUGCUGGAAAAGUGCACAAGGCUGCAGUAUAACCCCUUACUGAAUAUGUAUAUUAUAAACAGUGUAAUAUAAUCCCUUAUCUAACACCUGUGGUUUAUGUUCAAUUGUAUAUAUUGUGGGAAUAUGAAAUACACUUGAAUGUUUCUUCAGCUCCCAUAGUGAAUAGUACUUAUUCUCUUCAUAUCAACACAGACUCUUCCGGUCACCAUUUACCUACAGCAAUAUUGUUACAUAUUUUAUUUAAAAGACUAUCCUCUUCUGUGCACCAUUUUAAUUUGAGUUUGACUAUUUUACCUUAAAUGUUGUCUGAAAGACAUGGCACCAUGUUGAAAACACUUGUGGUUGACAGAAAGAAGAGGGUAACUGAUUAAUUCACUGUUUAAAUAUGGAGCUCUGGUCACAAGGGAACCCUUUGACCAUGAAUGUAAGAUUCUGCUGAAGCCAUAAUCAGGAAAUGUGAUCUGACCCACUAGGUCAACUUGGAAAGGAGACUGUUAAAGACAAGGCAAUGAGAAUUAUUUCAUUGAAUCUGUGAAAUGUUCAUCCUAUUUUUACUCAUAUUUUCUAUUCUAGGAUGUUUUUAUAUUUAAAUAUUCCAUGAAAAUAAAGCCAUGAAGAUGUGCAUUGACAACAGUUGUCUCAGGAGUUCUCAGCUCACCAAACUCCUCGGCUUGAUUUUGGACUUGCUUGUAUUCAGGGAGCGUAUCAUGGUGAAGACCCAGGGUGGCAUUGAUUUUCUGCAUGUGGAUAGCUGCAGAUCUUUGCUUUUAUUAGAUUUAUCAGUGGUACAGAGUGAAAGAACUUAAAUGAAAAUAGUAAUUUCUGGAAAAAACAACUCUACAGAUGUUGCAAUCCAGAGCUGGAGGAACUCAGUGGGUCAGGCAGCAUCUAUGGAGGGAUGAUGGGGGGGAUGUCUUGGGUGGAGAACCAUCAUCAGAACUGAAAGAGGGACGGAAGGAAACCUCAGCACAUCUGGCAGCAUGUUGGAAGGAAAGGCAAUUUAUGUUUCAAGUCACAGAAGUGAGAGGGAGAGAAAGUGGCUGAGUUGCAGUGACAGAGACUGGAAUGAUGAAUGCCAAUACUUCUGUGCCUGUGUCUUGUGUUGGUCAUUUCAUAAAGUCUGGUCUGGUGAUGUUGCAUGGUUUGGUUCACUGGGACAUGCCCAGUUGGCUGGAAUAUACUAAAUGAAGGAAGAGGCAAAAGGGAGGCAUAAAUGAUCAGCCAACCAGAAGGGUGAAGUAAACCUUAUCUGCCCAGUCCUGACAAAGGAUCUCAGCCUGAGACUAUUCAUUUCCCUUUAUAGAUUCUGCCGCACCUGCUGUUCUGUGUGUUUUCUGCCCAUUAUCACAACUAUAGACACACCCUUUGAUCCACAUCUUUCGCCCCCACCUGAACAAAUUUGCCCUCUCUCUUCAACUUGAAACUUUAAUUGUUUCUCCCUCCACGAAUGCUGCCCGACCUGCUGAAUGUUUCCAGAAUUUUCACUUUUUAUUUUAAUUUCUAGUAUCUGCAUGUUUUGACUGUCAGAAAAUUAAUACAGUACAUACUUAUGCUAGAA